CACCCCAAAGGAGAAACUCACCAAACCCAACAACAAAAAACGUUUCUUCCAAGCAAAGAGAGAGAGAGAAAAGAAAAAAAAAAAACUUGUGCGUGAGUCAAAGAUUUUAGUCAGAAGAGAAUGGCGAAAUUUUCUAGGGCAUCAUCAUCAUCAUCAACAUCAACACUGUCGAUGGAAAUGGAGUUUCUCGUGGCUGAGGAUCUGGAUUUUGUACAAGUGGAGGAGCAAGGUUUGUCGCACUGGGAAUUCGUGAACGUUUCUGAUGCUGACGACUCGGAGAAAGAGAAUUCAGAGAAAGUAGAAUCGGAGGAAGAUAAAGAUGAGAGAAUUGGAGAUGGGUUUGGUUCGUUAGGGUUUGAAAAGGACGAUACAAUGGUGACCACCACGACCACGACCACGACCACGCAUCAUGUAGAUCUUGAUGAUGAUGAUGAUGAUCAUCAUCAUCAUGGUCAUGAUCAUGAUGCGGGUUUGAAAUUCCAAGGCGGGAAUCGGAGAUAUGGGUAUGGGUAUGGUUAUGAUGAUGUGGAGGAGAACGAUGAGGAUGAGGACGAUGGUGAGGAUGACUUUGAUGAUGAGUUAGUGCCAUGGGAUGUGAGUGGCAAGUUUGGGAGACAGAGGAUGAGGAAGUUAGGGAAAAGGGCGUUUCCGAAGAUGUAUAAUUCGAAGAAGUCACCGUACCUGUUUGUGAGGCCAGGUUGCGUGCGUGGCAAGCAUGGUAUGGGAAUGAAGCACAAUUGCUAGGUCAGGUUGAAGAUAAUGAAAAAUUAGUAGCGAUUCGGAGAUGGGUAUUAUUAUCUGUUAGAUUGGAUUUUAGGUUUGUAAUUACUUUCUAUGGGGUUUGGGGGUUAAAAUUGGUUCUUGGGGAGCUUAGUAUAUGUGGGGUUGUUAUGUUAACUGCUUUGUUAUCUUUCAAUUGUCUAUAAAAAGUAUCAUCUACUCUUUUAGUGGAAAUUUGGUGCUUAAUUGGGGGCUUGGUAUAGAUAUAUGGUGGUUGUUAUGUUAACUAACCUGUUAUCUUUCAUUUCAGUCUAUAAAGAUGCUUUAUUUUUGGUUGUU